AUGAUCGGACGAUUGCCUGAGAAGUGGUCGUCGAAAUGCUUGACAGGAAAAAUGGGGAGAAUGAUGUGACCAUCAAGAUCUUGUACUACGGAAUCUGCCACUCCGACCUCCACUCCAUCAAGAACGGGUGGCAAAGCUCCGUCUACCCGAUCGUGCCUGGUCACGAGAUCGUCGGCGUUGUCACCGAGGUGGGAGGCAAGGUGGGCAGGUUCAAGUUGGGUGACCACGCCGGCGUCGGUUGCAUGGUCAACUCCUGCCGCAGCUGCCACGAGUGCGUGCGGAACCACGAGAACUACUGCCCCGGCAUGAUCGUGACCUGCAAUGCCACCGACGCCGAUGGCACCGUCACCUACGGCGGCUACUCCGACUCCAUCGUGGUGGAGGAGCACUUCGCGGUGAAGUUCCCAGCGGGCAUGCCGCUCGACCGCAGCGCUCCUCUACUCUGCGUCGGCAUCACGGUCUACAGCCCCAUGAAGCGCUUCGGGUUAGAUGUCCCCGGGAAGCACAUAGGAGUGGUGGGCCUCGGCGAGCUCGGCCACGUCGCCGUCAAGUUCGGCAAGGCCUUUGGCGCGAAGGUGACGGUGAUCAGCACGUUGCCGAGCAAAAGGCAGGAGGCCAUCGAGCGACUGGGCGCCGACGCUUUCCUGGUCAGCAAAGACCCAGAUGAGAUGAAGGUCGUUUGGGGGACCAUGGACGGCAUAAUCAACACUGUCUCAGCAGCUCAUGAUGUAACUCCAUGGCUGUUUCUUCUCAAAACUUCUGGACAAAUGAUCAUGGUUGGUGCACCAUUGAAGCCAUUAGAGAUCUAUGCUUUCCCCUUACUUCUAGGUGGGAAAUCUAUCGUAGGGAGUAUAAUUGGUGGGAUGAAGGAGACUCGGGAGAUGAUAGAUUUUGUAGGUCUGGUAGCUGAAUGA